GACUUCUCGUGGUGUUCAGCGGCGCUUCCGAGUUCUUUCGAGAGGCGGCGAAGCGAGGCGGCCGAGAUCCGGAAAAAUGGCCAGGGGAUUGAAGAAGCAUCUGAAGAGGCUCAAUGCCCCAAGGCACUGGAUGCUAGACAAGCUUGGUGGAGCUUUUGCUCCCAAACCAUCAUCUGGCCCUCAUAAAGCCAGGGAAUGCUUGCCCUUGAUUCUUAUUUUAAGAAACAAGCUGAAAUAUGCUCUAACAUACCGUGAAGUCAUUGCUAUACUGAUGCAACGCCAUGUGAUGGUGGAUGGAAAAGUCAGGACCGACAAGACUUACCCAGCUGGUUUCAUGGAUGUUGUUUCAAUCCCCAAGACAAAUGAGAACUUCCGCCUUCUUUAUGACACCAAGGGACGCUUCCGUCUUCAUUCGAUAAGGGAUGAAGAAUCCAAGUUCAAGCUUUGCAAGGUUCGCUCUGUACAGUUUGGACAGAAGGGCAUUCCCUACCUGAACACUUUUGAUGGUCGUACCAUUCGCUACCCUGACCCUCUUAUCAAGGCCAAUGACACCAUCAAGCUUGAUUUGGAGACCAACAAGAUUGUGGACUUCAUCAAGUUUGAUGUUGGAAAUAUUGUCAUGGUGACUGGUGGGAGAAAUACCGGUCGUGUCGGUGUGAUUAAGAACAGAGAGAAGCACAAGGGGAGCUUCGAGACCAUCCACGUCCAAGAUGCCACCGGCCAUGAAUUUGCAACUCGCAUGGGCAACGUCUUUACCAUUGGUAAGGGCACGAAGCCAUGGGUGUCACUUCCCAAAGGCAAGGGUAUCAAGCUCAGCAUCAUCGAGGAAGCAAGAAAGCGCUUGGCUGCUGCCAGUGCAACUGCCACUGCUUAGACUGCUCUGCGACCACCGGAAUUUUUGUUUUAUGGUUUGUUAUUUGCUGUGGAAAGGGAUGGUCAUGACAACUCGAAUUUGGACCCUUUUUCUUUUCUUAUUACUUGCAUGCCAAUUUCCCUUUGGAUGAUUAGUAGAAAAUGAGAUGUUUGUCAUGAUUGUAGUUUCAUGAGCAGGGUUGUUUUAAGUUUCACCAUUUUGCCGGUCAAACUGUUGAAUUCGGAUAUCUAUUUGGUUGAGAACUAUUACUCUUUCA